CUGAGCCUCAACUCCACCCCACGAUGAAGCACCUCCACCACCACAGCCUCCUACUACUCUCCUGCAUCCCUCUCCUACUUUGUGCCGUCGUGCCGGUGGCCACGGGUGGACGGCGCGAAGCACAAGCGCUGCUGAAAUGGAAGGCGACCUUGGCCGGCGGCCGCGAGUCCCUCAGCUCGUGGUCCUUGGCGGUCAACUCCACCAGCCCGUGCAACUGGAUGUUCGUCAUCUGCAACUCCGCCGGCGACGUCAUAAAGCUCCUCAUUAGCGAAGCGAGUCUCAACGGGACGCUCGCCGGGCUGGACUUCUCGGCUUUCCCUCACCUGGAGGUCCUUGAUAUGGAGUCCAAUGACCUGUACGGCUCCAUCCCGGAGGGGAUCGGCAACCUGACGAGCUUGACUUCGUUGCGGAUCAUGUAUGACCCACAUUUAACGGGGGAGAUCCCGCGUAACAUCGGAAAGCUGAAGCAGCUCGUCGAGCUACAGUUGCAGAGUUUGGGGCUUAAUGGUGCGAUCCCUCCCGAGAUUGGUAACCUGACAAGCUUGGAAGAACUGUCUCUCGGCGGGAACAGUCUGACAGGCUCAAUCCCACCAACAAUUGGGAACAUGACAGAGCUGCAUGUCAUGGACUUGGGACAGAACCAUUUGGACGGGGAGCUGCCGAGCACCCUCUCUCACCUUGUAAAACUUAAAUCCUUGUCUGUGUCAAACAAUCAACUCGAAGGCCACAUCACCACGCAGCUCGGGGACAAGAGCAAUCUAGUUUGGAUCGACAUUUCCGGGAACAACUUCUCCGGCACUUUCCCACAGUCCAUUUGCACAGGAGCAUUGCAAAAUUUCUUGGCUAGAAGGAAUGGGUUUGCAAACCUACAUCUACAUGACCUGAACUUUCAGAACUGCACGUCCCUUGAAGUUCUUGAUUUUGCAGCAAACAAUAUUCUUGGAGACCUUGGUGAAAUACCUUCUUGGAUAGCCGAGAGCUUGCCACAACUCAGAUUUCUUCGAUUCUCAUCGAACAUGUUUGAUGGAACUAUACCAAAACAAGUUUUACAAUUUCGCCAGCUCCAACUAUUAGAUUUGUCAAACAACAAGCUCACUGGUCCCAUACCCGUUGAUUUUGCAAACUUUACUGGCAUGACACAAGGGCAAGAGCAUGUGGAAAUCACAUAUUACGAUAAUGCGUAUUCCGAUCAAAUUCAGCUAGUUUGGAAGAAUAGGAAUUAUGUGUACAACAAGACAAUCAGAUUCAUUGUGGGUAUUGACUUGUCAUGCAAUUCCAUUUCACAAAUGAUUCCUGAGAGUCUCACAACCCUCCGUGGACUCAAGUACUUGAACUUGUCAAGAAAUAAUCUUUCGGGUGAUAUUCCCAAAGACAUCGGCAAUCUGGCAUUGCUAGAAUCCCUCGACCUCUCAUCUAACAAGCUGAAAGGGGAAAUUCCUCCAAGCUUUGCAGAUUUGAAGUCUAUAACAACUCUGAAUCUCUCGCACAAUGGUUUGUCAGGAAGGAUACCGACGGGUAGACAGCUGCAGACACUUGAUCCAUCAACAUACAGCAACAACCCAGGGCUAUGCGGUUUUCCUUUGAAAGAAUGUGCAGAUGCAACGUCAUCACAGACUGAAAUGAGCCAGGAUGAUGAUAGAGAGGCACUGUUGUUGUAUUGCUUUGGGGUUGCCGGAUUUAUCUUUGGAUUCUGGCUAUCCUGGGGCAUCGUAUUUUGCAACGAGACCUGGAGAUGUGCACUCUAUCAGUACGUCGAUAGCAUGCAAGAGAAGGUCGCAAAGAUUGCUGCAUAUCGUUGCUCCAGGCCCAGGCCCUGA